ACGGCGGGGACGGGCUGCGCAGCGGCGGCCGUCGGGGCGGCCGCGCCUCCGGGAGCUGCUCCCGCCGCCACCUCGGGGCCGGCCCCGCCAUGGGGCGGCCGCUGUGAGCGCGGCGGCGGCGGGGCUGCGCCUCUCGCCCCGGCCGGGGCUCCCCGCCAUUGUUCCCGGCAGCGGCGGGCACCGCGCGGGGCUCCGCUCAGAGGGGCCGACAGCCCAGCGGAGACCCCCCCUGUGCCCGCCCAGGGCCAGCCCGGGGUCCCCAUGGAGUGGGAGUUGCAGAUGGCAGUCGCCGAGCAGUAGCUGCAGCAGUGGGAUGUUUACCUGGCGGUGCCUCAUCCUUUGGGCUGUGCUGGUCACAGCCGCGCUCUCCGCUGCCCGGCCGGCCCCAACCCUGCCCGACCAAGCUCUGCCUAAAGCAAAAAUUGAAGUGGAGUCCUACUCGGCCCACCCCGGCGACCUCCUCCAGCUGCGCUGCCGGCUGAGAGAUGAUGUCCAGAGCAUCAACUGGGUGCGCGACGGCGUCCAGCUGGCGGAGAACAACCGGACACGCAUUACUGGGGAGGAGGUAGAGGUCAGGGACGCGGUGCCCGAGGACUCAGGGCUCUAUGCCUGCAUGACCAACAGCCCCUCGGGAAGCGAGACCACCUACUUCUCCGUGAACGUCUCAGACGCGCUCCCCUCCGCCGAGGAUGAUGACGAUGAAGAUGAUUCCUCCUCGGAGGAGAAGGAGGCGGAUAACACCAAGCCGAACCAGGCUAUUGCUCCCUAUUGGACCUAUCCUGAGAAGAUGGAGAAGAAGCUCCACGCCGUCCCCGCUGCCAAAACAGUGAAGUUCAAGUGUCCGUCGAGCGGGACACCCAACCCCACCCUGCGCUGGCUGAAGAAUGGCAAGGAGUUCAAACCCGACCACCGCAUCGGGGGGUACAAGGUCCGCUACGCGACCUGGAGCAUCAUCAUGGACUCGGUGGUGCCGUCCGAUAAGGGCAACUACACCUGCAUCGUGGAGAACAAAUAUGGGAGCAUCAACCACACCUACCAGCUGGAUGUCGUGGAGCGUUCCCCACACCGGCCCAUCCUGCAGGCAGGGCUGCCUGCCAACAAGACAGUGGCCCUGGGCAGCAACGUGGAGUUUGUCUGCAAGGUCUACAGUGACCCCCAGCCCCACAUCCAGUGGCUGAAGCACAUCGAGGUCAACGGCAGUAAGAUCGGCCCCGACAACCUGCCCUACGUGCAGAUCCUGAAGACGGCUGGCGUUAACACAACAGACAAAGAAAUGGAGGUCCUUCACUUAAGGAAUGUCUCAUUUGAGGAUGCUGGGGAGUAUACAUGUUUGGCGGGUAAUUCUAUUGGGAUCUCCCAUCACUCUGCAUGGUUGACAGUUCUCGAAGCUAUCGAGGACACCCCAGCCAUGAUGACAUCCCCCCUCUACCUGGAGAUCAUCAUCUACUGCACGGGCGCCUUCCUCAUCUCCUGCAUGGUGGUGACCGUCAUCAUCUACAAGAUGAAAAGCACCACCAAGAAGACAGACUUCAACAGCCAGCUGGCCGUGCACAAGCUGGCCAAGAGCAUCCCCCUGCGCAGACAGGUGUCGGCCGACUCCAGCUCCUCCAUGAACUCGGGCGUGAUGCUGGUGCGGCCCUCACGACUCUCCUCCAGCGGCACCCCCAUGCUGGCCGGUGUCUCCGAGUACGAGCUGCCCGAGGACCCACGCUGGGAGCUGCCCCGGGACAGGCUGAUCCUGGGCAAGCCCCUGGGAGAAGGGUGCUUCGGGCAGGUGGUGCUGGCAGAAGCCAUAGGCCUCGACAAGGACAAGCCAAACCGGGUGACCAAGGUGGCGGUGAAGAUGCUCAAGUCCGACGCCACAGAGAAGGACUUGUCCGACCUCAUCUCCGAGAUGGAGAUGAUGAAGAUGAUCGGCAAGCACAAGAACAUCAUCAACCUGCUGGGAGCCUGCACGCAGGACGGACCCCUCUAUGUGAUCGUGGAGUACGCGAGCAAGGGGAACCUGCGGGAGUACCUGCAAGCCCGGCGGCCCCCCGGCAUGGAGUACUGCUACAACCCCACCCGUGUCCCCGAGGAGCAGCUCUCCUUCAAGGACCUGGUCUCCUGUGCCUACCAGGUGGCCCGAGGCAUGGAGUACCUGGCCUCCAAGAAGUGCAUCCACAGGGACCUGGCGGCCAGGAACGUCCUGGUGACCGAGGACAACGUGAUGAAGAUCGCUGACUUUGGUCUGGCCCGUGACAUCCACCACAUCGAUUACUACAAGAAGACAACAAACGGUCGCCUGCCGGUGAAGUGGAUGGCGCCAGAGGCUCUGUUUGACCGAAUAUACACCCACCAGAGCGACGUGUGGUCCUUUGGCGUGCUGCUCUGGGAGAUCUUCACACUGGGUGGCUCGCCCUACCCCGGCGUGCCAGUCGAGGAGCUCUUCAAGCUGCUGAAGGAAGGACACAGGAUGGACAAGCCCAGCAACUGCACCAACGAGCUGUACAUGAUGAUGCGGGAUUGCUGGCACGCCAUCCCCUCCCAGAGACCCACCUUCAAGCAGCUGGUGGAAGACCUGGAUAGGAUCGUGGCCAUGACCUCCAACCAGGAGUACCUGGACCUCUCCAUGCCGCUGGAUCAGUAUUCUCCCGGCUUCCCGGACACCCGCAGCUCCACCUGCUCCUCAGGAGAGGACUCGGUGUUUUCCCACGACCCUCUCCCAGACGAGCCGUGCCUUCCCAAGCCGCCCCCUCAGCACACCAACGGCGGACUGAAGCGACACUGAGGGUGGCACUGCCAGCAGGGACUGCCAUGCCGUGCUGUGCCAUGCCGUGCCACUGGACACUGCCCGCGCACCCAGGCGUGCUGAGCUGUUGCAGAGACAACUGUAGCCUCUCACGUCACCAAACCCACCCAUGUCAGCUUCUCCCACUGCCUUUCUUGUGAGCUCUCUACAGCCCAAAGGUUUUUUGUUCCAGUGUUGGUUUUUUUUUGGUGUUUCCUUUUUUACUGUUUUUUUAAAACCUCUUUUCUGUGGAGUCUGUGCUUGAAUAUUUCCACUUGGAUAAGCUGAAACCCUUUCCCAUGGGCAGGACCAGCCAGGAAGCCUGCUGCCCUUCCUGGGAAUGCGUGUCCUGACAGGGCACGGAGAGCCAGGCUUUCUUGCAGCUUGGAGAACUGCUGGGCUCCUGCGGCCCCACCAGCUGGGAAUGUCAGCGUGUCUGGGUCUUGCCAGCGUGGAGCUCAGUGCCGGGAUGCUCUGGAGCUGAUCCUGUGGCUCAGCAGUGCCAGCACCAACAGGCUUUGCUGACCAAACCCCUGGGAUGUGGAAGAUGCAGCGUAGACGUGGCUCAGCACUGAUGGCAGAGGCAGCCAAAUACCCCAGUGCUAAAAACAAACGUCCUGUGUACAUAGCUAAAAAUAUGUAUAAAUAUGAAUAUAUAUUUACAUGUCUUUUUAAAAGGGUUGUUACCAGAGAUAUACCAGUUUGGUAGUAAGGUACUAGUGGCUGGUAGAUAUCAGUUGCUAUAAAAAAAAAAAAAAGUUCAUAUAUUUUGCUACUUUUGCUGUUUUUAUUUUUUUAAAUUAUGUUCUAAACCUAUUUCAGUUUAGGUCCCUCAAUAAUUGCUGCUGCUGCUUCAGUUUUAUAUGGGGUUGUAUUAAACAAUAAUAAUAAUGUGUCGAUGCCUUUUGGGAAUACGUUGUCAUUACGUGCCUGGCCUUGCCCUGGCCCCCGUGUCCCUGUCACCCCCUGGGCUGUGGCAGGGCUGGGGUGGGGACACCAUAUUGGUGCUGGGGGGGCCAGGGCAGGGGUCUGCCCUGGGUUUUAGGCAGUGCUGGGGAGGGGGCUGCAGCCUCUGCCCCAGGGGUUGGCUUCCUUGGGGGGCUGGGGUCACGCCACUGCCAUGCCAGACCCCAGGGACACUUGGAGCAGUUCCAUGUGGCACCAACUUGGUGGCACCAACUCCAGCCCAGCUGGGUGCCCGGCUCCAGCCCCUGCUCCCAGGGGAUGCUGCCAGUGCCUUAGGGUGCCUGGGGGUGCCCCCCGGUCUCCGUCCUGGAGGUGAUUGCCGUGUCCAGCUGCCCGAGCUCUGCCGUGCCAGGGAGGAUGGGGCAUUCCCUGUCCCCUCCACCAGGGAAGGGGCCAUCUGUGCCCUCAUCCCUCCCUGUCACUGGCCUUGAGACUCCAGAGCCAGGACACUAUUACUUGAAAAGUUUAUUUUGCCUUUGUAUGGAGAAAUAUUAUUUGUUGUAAACUCUUCUGUAAUGAAUCUGGAAUUCUUGUAAUUAUUAAAGACUUUAACCGAGA